UAUUUUCACUUCCAAUAUUUGUUCAUUCCCUCUGGUUUGCUUUUUCCUCCAUAGAAUCUAAUUCUUGUGGUUUCAAAGCAUUGUCCGCUCUGUUCAGGCUUCUGCUGCAUCUUUCAGGCACACACAUAACAUGGCAGAUCGAGAACUUGCAAGCCACUGGAUAUACCAAAGGGAGAGAUUCAUAAAAGCAGAUUUCCCAACUCACUGCAGCUAUGGACCAGUAAAGCUUGAAGACCCUUUCAAAUGGCAAGGUGUUAUCAUGGGGCCUCCAGAUUCUCCUUAUGAAGAAGGCGUCUUCUUUCUUUCCAUCGAGUUACCUGACGACUAUCCAACCAAGCCUCCCAUCAUCAAAUUCCUAACCAAGGUUUAUCAUCCAAACAUCGAUGAAGAUGGCAAUAUUUACAUUGACAUUUUAGAAGAAGAUCAAUGGAACCCAGUCCAGACCAUUGAGAGCCUAUUGCUCUCCAUAUGCUCAAUUCUUAAUGAUCCAAAUCCAGUGGACCCUCUCAAUCCAAGCACCGAAGUCUUCAAAACAAACAGACAGGAAUUCAACAAAUUGGCGAAAGAAUGGACUAGGAAAUAUGCUAGUGAAUGAACAUUUGAGUGUCUUAAUCCCAAAGCAUGCAUUGCAGGAAAAUAUGGAAUGGUGGUUGGAAUUUUGAAUGGCUUCCCUUUCCUUUUAAUGACAUCUAUAUCACAGACAUGGUGCCUUGGAGCACGGCACUGGUCAAAACUUAGAUUACAGCACCCAUAAAUGAAUGUUUGGUACUUAAAAAAUAGAAAGAAGAAAGGUUU